UUUGUUUUUACUUGCUCCCAAACAAAAAACCUUUCACAUUUCAUAUAAAAUAUAUAUUGGAAAUUAAUUAAGGGCAAAAUGCUAGACUCCUGCCAAUAACAAUAACCUUAUGAUAUAUUUCUUUUCUUAUUCCUAGGCUGGUAUUUUUGUUUUGAUCAUAGUUCAUCAUUCAUGGCGAGGACAAGCAACAAGAAUAUACAAGCUAAAUUGGUUGUUCUAGGUGACAUGGGAACUGGUAAAACAAGUUUAGUAUUGAGAUUUAUCAAAGGACAGUUCAAUGAUUACCAGGAGUCAACAAUUGGAGCAGCCUUCUUUACACAGGUGUUAUCAUUAAAUGAAGCAACUAUAAAAUUCGAUAUAUGGGACACAGCAGGGCAAGAACGCUAUCAUAGUUUGGCUCCCAUGUACUAUCGUGGUGCAGCUGCUGCUAUUGUUGUAUAUGACAUCACAACCAUGGAUUCAUUUGUAAGAGCCAAAAAAUGGGUGCAAGAAUUACAAAAGCAAGGUAAUCCAAAUUUGAUCAUGUUUUUGGCUGGCAACAAGGUUGACUUAGAAAAGAAGAGAGAAGUGGAAUUUGAGGAAGGUGAACAAUAUGCUAAAGAAAAUGGAUUGGUUUUCUUAGAAACUUCUGCCAAAACUGCACAGAAUGUUAAUGAGCUCUUUUACGAAAUAGCAAAGAGAUUGGUUAAAUCUAGUCCUCCUACGCGUCCAGGUGGAAUGAAGUUGCAUAGAGGGUCAAGAGGAACUGAGAGAAGACUGUUUUGUUGCUCUGUCUGAUGUGCUCACUUGCUUUUGAAUGGAAAUCCAGAAUUAUUUUAAGGAGAUGAUUCAAAUGUGAUAAAAAGAUGGAAGAAGAAACUACGGAGCAUCACGAAGAACAAGCAAUAGAAACAUUUGCUUUAUUUAUCAAACAAAAAAAAACUUUUUUAAUAGGCUAUUCCAUGAACAUGGUACUCUAUAUGUAACUCUAUUAAUGAAAAUAUUAUAGAAUGCUU